AUGGGUCCAGCAGUGACAGAGCGCAAGCUAUUCAAUGACAGCAUCUCUGUCAUCGACGAAGCAGCAGCAGGUGAAGGCAACAUAUCGUUCGCCCUGUUCAGUCGACUGGCGCCGGAGAUUCGCCUACAAAUCUGGAAGUUCGCUCUUCCGAGCACUCGCCUGCUCUACAUUCGCAUUAGCCAGCUCAAGAACACCUGCGCAGCGGGCCACAGCCGUCGAGAAUCUGGUACUGUUGAGCGAGACGCCUACACGACACGCAACAACCUAGGAAACAUCAUAAGCGGCGAUGCGUACAGCUUACACGUCCCGAGAUUCGAUAACUGGCCUAGUACCCUUCUUAGGCAUGACAUUCUCAACGUCCGGGUGACAUAUAGGAACCCGCAGAGGUCACUGGUGGCCUUUCUCCACGACGCAAUGGCCUGUGAUCCUGUCGGUCGUGGCAUCGAGCACCUUGCGCUGGGGCUCGAAUUCAACGACGUGCCACUCCUGGCAAACGUCAAGCCUUCAGAUCUGCACCCGGUGACUGAGCAAUCCAUGCGACGUUUCCUCUCGACAGGUCUCCGCAUCUUCUAUUCGGUUGUCUCACCCGGCACCGAGGCUCGCAAUAUGCUCGGCAGUUUUACAUCGACUCUGAGCGCGUAUCACCUCAACCGCUCCGUUACUGUCGCGCCUCAAGGGGAGCAAUUUCAGGUUACCGACUAUACCUCCCUUAUGUACGACCCGCGACCGAUUAGAGAGACAAACUUAUCGCAUGUUUUGGUGCGCACCGAUCCGCGACGGACCACGUUCCACUGGCAUAGGAUUCUGGCCAACUUUGGUGUCCAGGAGACUGGGACCCCCCUUAGCCCCGAACAGACGCACAGUUGA